GACCUGUGACCUGAGCGUGAGCAAAGCUGUUUCCCGCCGGCGGGAGCUGAGGCUGACGCGGGUUGAGCGAAGGGCUCGGAGCCGCACCACCAUGGCGGAACAGUUGUAUCUAGAAAACAUAGACGAGUUCGUCACGGACCAGAACAAGAUCGUGACUUACAAGUGGCUAAGCUAUACACUAGGGGUUCAUGUUAACCAGGCCAAACAGAUGCUCUAUGAAUAUGUUGAAAGGAAACGGAAGGAAAAUUCGGGAGCUCAGCUGCAUGUUACCUACUUGGUGUCUGGCAGUCUUCUACAGAAUGGACAUUCUUGCCACAAGGUUGCAGUAGUGAGAGAAGAUAAACUGGAAGCAGUGAAGUCCAAGUUAGCUGUGACUGCCAGCAUCCAUGUGUACAGCAUCCAGAAAGCUAUGCUAAAGGACAGUGGGCCUCUGUUCAAUACCGACUAUGACAUCCUUAAAAGCAAUUUGCAGAACUGCAGCAAGUUUAGUGCCAUACAGUGUGCAGCUGCAGUUCCCAGAGCUCCUGCAGAAUCCCCAUCUUCCAGAAAGUUUGAGCAAUCAAAUCUUCAGGCAGCAAGUGAGAUACAAGCCAAUGAGCUGACUACCAAUGGCCAUUGUCCACCUGCCUCCAAACAGGCUUCCCAGCAGCCCAAAGGAAUUAUGGGAAUGUUAAUCUCUAAAGCUGCUACUAAAUCCCAAGACACCAACAAGGAAACCAAAACAGAGGCCCGAGAAGUAACAAGUGCAUCUUCCGCUGGGGGCAAAGCACCAGGAAAAGGGAAUGUGAUGAGCAACUUUUUUGGAAAAGCUGCCCUGAGUAAACUUAAAGUCAAUUUGGAUUCAGAACAAGCAGUAAAGGAAGAAAAAACAGUGGAGCAACCUCCAGUGUCUGUCACUGAACCAAAGCUGGCAGCUCCCCCAGCUCUGAAGAAAUCCAGCAGAAAGUCAGAGCCUGUGAAGAUGCAGCAAAAGGGAAAAAGCAACAGGGGUAAGCGAGUAGACUUAUCUGAUGAGGAAGUGAAGGAAACUGAAAACCUGAAGAAAAAGAGGAGAAGAAUCAAGCUUCCUCAGUCUGAUAGCAGUGAAGAUGAAGUCUUUGCAGACUCUCCUGAGAUAUAUGAAGCAGACUCACCAUCUCCACCUCCUGCAUCUCCACCUCCUGAUCCUAUUCCAAAAACUGAGCCCCCUCCUGUCAAGCGUUCAAGUGGAGAAAACAAAAGAAAACGAAAGCGUGUACUAAAAUCUAAAACCUUUGUGGAUGAAGAAGGCUGCAUAGUGACUGAGAAAGUCUACGAGAGUGAGUCCUGCACAGACAGUGAGGGGGAGCUUAAGAUGAAGCCGGCCUCAGCACACAGACCUCCUGCUGCCACUGUGAAAAGGGAGCCCAGAGAAGAACGGAAGGGCCCCAGGAAAGGGGCUGCUGCUCUGGGCAAAGCCAACAGACAAGUGUCCAUUACUGGCUUCUUCCAGAAAAAGUAAAUACUGCCUCUGGAAGGACUUGGGGUGGUCAAGGGAGAAGACCAAGUAUAGACUCACUUACUGUGUAAGUUUGCCUAGCUCCUUGCCUCACCCGGAUCAAGUGCUGCUCUGCCAUCAUGGGACAUGUGUACCACUUCUGUUUUAUUUACCCAAAAGGAAGUCAUCUGGAAGCAGGAGGCAAAAGAAUAUUUUAAAAACUGUUACAUUGUAAUAAGUUUAUAAAGCACAAUCUUUGACCUGCCUAGGAGAAUUCAUUCAAGAAUUCCCUGCUGGGUCCCACUCGCCCCGUGCCAUGUUCCUCUCCUAGUCCUCUGUGUUCUGUGAACUUGUGACAAUGUUUUAUUUUAUGAAUUCUACUGGAUGAGUUCACUACUUCUCCAUGUUCCUCUCCCUACUACCAUACUUCUGUCCCCUGACCCCACAAAACUGUUUUCUGUAAAUCUUUUAAGUCUUGGUCAAAUGAGAAGCUAAAGCUAAAAUCUUCUGUAAUUCCCUAUCUCAUCAGUAUAGUAAGUGACACUCCAGUGAGUGAGGCUCCAGGCUAGGCCAGCGUAUAUUGUCCAAUCCUUUCAUCACGGAAGCUCCCUCACCCUCCCUCAUCCUCACUGGUUAGGGCAGAGCACAGAGAUGUGCUAAUGUACCCAGCCUCAGCAGAAAUGACCUAGAGUCACAUGAUGGGCAAUGACAGAGCUGUUAGGUUGCCAACAAGGGUACACACAUACUUAUGUGUGGUUUCUUUCUUCCUAAUUUCCAUACUUAAUACCUAGAGAGUGGAACCUGUAUGGUGAGAUGAAAGAUUAAAAUAAGAAAUGCUUUCUAUGCACCAGAUAAUUUCUCCCUCUCAAGGAAGUACAGUGUCCAGAAUUGUCAAUUUUCCAUUCUGGGAAGGAAGGGAGAACUUAGCACACAUUUCUACACAGAUAUUGCUUCUCUGUUUUGUCAAGUUCUUCAUUUGCCCGCAGUACAGGCUCCCUAGGAAGAGAUCGGGGACUGACUGGCUAUAGAUAGAAACAGCAAAGUAAACGUUUGCUUUUGUAGUUGUGUCCUGAUAAUAACAUUCAGUCACCUUCCAUUCUGGCCAGGCAGGAGGUGAGCCCAUCCAUGUUGUGUGGCAGUGGCUUUGUACACUGAGCUGUAGGGAAGGGAACACAGACUCCAUUGCUGGUGUGAUUCACCCAGGGGGGGGGGAUGAGGGGUGUCUGCCCCAGCCCUUCCACUGAGGGCUGGCUUGUGUCAUAAGAUGUAAUCAGUUGCCUACUAUUGAAGGUUGGGGUUCAGGCUGACCUUGGAAUUUGCACAGCUGCUUUAACAAGCAAGCAUGGGCUUGAUGGAGAUGAGUUCUGGCCUUACGUUGAGAACUUGAGGCAGAUGCUUUGUCCAUCAAGCUGAGUAAGGGUUGGUGUACUCCAAAACCUUUUUUUUUUUUUUAAGUAGAAAAGAGUGGAAUGCCUGGACUUAAGCUUACACGAAGCCUCUGGAGAAGAAUCCCCUGUUUUCAGUGGUUAUUUUUGUCAUUGCCUCUAGUCAUUUUUUAAAUGGGAAUGGAAAAGUAGAAGGCAAGCAUCCAGUCUUUAAAAAAUCUGAUUAUGGUGGGAUUUCUAAUAAAACCAAAUUUGAAUUGGAGCUCCAGUGCAAGUUGGAGUUGCAUCCUUCAAGGAAGAAUGCAAAUCUCUGAUUUCUGUACCCAGCAUGCCACCUAGGUUCUUCUGAGCUGCCUGCAAAGCUAAGCAGGCAUUGAGUGGUGGCUUUUCUCUCCAGUCUACAUAGUGCUCAACCAGGCUACCCAUGAAUUAGAUAAAUUCAAGAAGCUGUUUUGAAACAGAGCUUCAAACUGAAAUGCUGACCAGGAACAGGCUGGUUUUCAGUUUAUGUUGUUAAAAGCACAUACCCAUGGUCUGAAAUGGACAAGUUGUUUGCCAUAUCUUCAUCUUUUUAGUCCUGUGGGAAAUCUUAGUUUUAGCCAACCUUACUUUUCAGUUCAUUAGGAGGAAAAUCUAGUCCUGAUCUUGCAUUCUGUAUUGGUUUGGCUUUAUCCCUUGCUGCCUGGGUGAUGUUGGGCAAAUUUCUGUCUUUGGUUCCCUAACAAAGUUGAACUAAAAUAAGCCACUCGGUA